AUGUCAAACAUUUUAGAGAAAUCAUUAGACGAUAUAAUUGGGGAAAAGAAACCCGAAAGAAAAUUCACACCUACAAGUAGAAGAGGUAGAGGUGGAGGACCAAUUUCGUCGUCACGUUCACGUUUCCAUCGUCAACAUCGAUCUCCACCAUAUAGCAGACGACAACCAGAUGUAUAUAUUCCUCGUGGAUCACCGGCGAUAGAGACGACACCAUCUUCAUCAAGUAUACCCCCCGACGUUUUACAUAUGGCCAAUGGACGUCCUACAUUACGUUUAAAGAAUAUUCAUCCGGAAUUAAACGGUGAUGAUUUGAAUAAGUUGUUUUCUACGAUUAAUGAUGUUGAUUUUAUCAAAUUUGAUGAGAGGAAUGAUACGAUUGCUUAUAUAUGUUUCCAACGUGAUUGUGAACGGAGUAAUUCAGAGGCGAUUGAAAAAUAUGAUGGCAAGAAGGCCAUGGGUAAGAUUUUAAUUGUUGAGAAUACCGUUAGCUUGGCAGAUAGGAUUCGCAUAGCACCAAGACCAGCGAGACGAGAGGAACUUGGUGGUGGCUUGCCUAGGGGCGGUCGCCUGAGAGGUAGGGGAAGUUUAAGAGGAAGAAUUUCAACUCGUGGUGGUAAAUCGGGAAGAGGAACUGCACCGAAAAAGAGUGCUGAGGAAUUGGAUAAGGAAUUGAAUGAGUAUAUGAAUACUAAUGGUGAAGCUGGUGAUUCAAAUGGGGCUACUGGGCAAGAGAAUGUAGAUGCUGAUCUAGAUAUGACCGGAUAA